UGGCAAUGUUUAAAAACAAGAAUAUUAUUUGCAUAUAGCCGAUCUGUUUCUAUAAAUGUGCUAAACAUGAUAUUCGGGCUGCGCGCCCACUUGACUGCGCUCAGAAUGACGUCACCAGUAAGGCGAUGAUGUCGAAGUUCCUCAACUUCAUUUUAACUGGGUAUAUAUAGACUGGUAGAAGGCGAAUGUAAACGACUAAGUUCAGAUUAUACCAGACACACAGAAUCAACGAGUGAUACUACAAUAUAAAAUGGCUAGCACACAACCACCCUACUACACUUCCUCCUUCGGAAACCCCAACCAAGACCUUAACUCAACCACACCAACCGGAACAUAUAUCGGCGAAACUGGCACUGGAGCUGCAGCCAACACCGCCGACCCGCGCACUGGGCCAGCACCGUCAUCAGCAGGUCCGCACCGCACCGACACGGGCAACGCAGUAGAUCCCCGCGUCGACAGCGACCUGAACAACCGCGGACAAUACGCACCUGGCACAACAACCUCGGGAACCGUCCAUCCAGGCACAAACCAGGGCAUCUCCAACCCGGAGAACACCAAGAAUAGCGGACCGCAUCGAUCGUCGAUUUUGAACAAGCUCGAUCCCCGCGUUGACAGCCAGACGGGGAAUACGACGACCAAAUCCACGAAUAUGACCGGCUCCGGUGCUGGACGGACAUCUACAUAUGCGGAUACCACACCUGAUGCUGCGGCCGGGAGCAUUGCAGGUGGUGGCUCCUCAACGGGAGGUGCCGGUGGUGCCCCCGGGGUGAGGGACACGCGCUCGCAUUAUGACCCCAGCACCAUGGGGUAUAACCCUGCUACCGGGUCUGGGUAUACGACUAGUGGCGCGGGGCAUCAACCCAGCCAUCCCGGGAGUGGCUACGACCCGAGCUCACAAGACUAUCGGGCCGAGUAUGCGUCCAGCACGACGAAUAAGUCUGCUGGAGCAGGAGACAGCAAGGCGGGACGUGCAGGAGACGAUUUCGGGAAGGGAAUUCAGAAUGCAUAUGCGGGCGUUCAUGGAGCCGGAGAGAGUCUGCGUGGUGCUUUAAACGCCGCGGUUGACCGGACAUUCGGCAGUACGGAGGGUGUUGAGAAGAAUCAGGGCAUUGCCCAGAAGGGCGAAGAUGAGAUUCGGUCUGGACUGUCGCGGUGAUUUACAUGUAUUGUAUUUUAUUGAUGAGUUAUGAUUGCUACGGAGGAUACCAAUACAAUUGGCAUUUACCAGCCUUUAGGUAUUUCUGUUGCAUCCCCCGGCCAGGGCCUGGAAUUGAUGAGCCAUUUGGCGCGCUUCUUGAUUGCCUCAAGUGAGUAAUUGAUAC